AUGAGAAACAUACAUUUAAAGAGUGUAUCGCUGGUGUCACUUAAGGGGGGCGCCAUGGCCCUGAAAAGAAGGCGAGCGACCUCUCCCACCAGCAGUGUGAGUGCAGGGGACUUUGAGGACAGCCAGACGUCUUCUUCAAUAUCAUCAUUUGGCAGAAAGAGAAAACGAACCUCAAACCUUCCUACUGUAGAUCCUAUCGCUGUUUGUCACGAACUCUACAACACCAUCAGGGACUACAAGGAUGACCAGGGGCGCAUGUUGUGUGAGCUUUUUAUUAGAGCUCCUAAACGAAGGAAUCAGCCGGACUAUUACCACGUGGUGUCGCAGCCCAUCGACAUGAUGAAAAUCCAACAGAAACUAAAGAUGGAGGAGUAUGACGACGUGGAGCAGCUGACCAGUGACUUUCAGCUUUUGUUCAAGAAUGCAAAGAGUUAUUACAAGUCAGACAGUGCAGAAUACAGAGCAGCCUGCAAACUGUGGGACCUUUACCUCCGCACCAAGAACGAGUUUGUGCAGCGUGGAGAGUACGAGGAGGAGGAGGAUGAAGAACAAGACAAUCCUGAGGAAGAGGGCCCAGUUUUGACACUGAAGGACGUUUUAGAGCAGAUUCUGGAUGCGGUGGUCUCCUUCUCAGAGCCCUCUGGACGAGUUAUCAGCAAACUUUUUCAGCAGCUUCCUUCUAAAGUGCAAUACCCUGAUUAUUACGCCAUCAUCAAAGAUCCCAUUGACUUGAAAACGAUUGCUCAGAAGAUUCAGAUGAACCAGUACAGAAGUGUUCAUGGUAUGUCCAAAGAUAUCGAUUUGCUGGUGAAGAAUGCGAAAACCUACAAUGAGCCUGGAUCUCAGGUGUUUAAGGACGCUAAUGCGAUUAAAAAGAUCUUUGCACAGAAGCGAACGGAAAUUGAACACGGAGACCCGGUAAAGUCAAGUAUGAGAAUUAGAAAUCGGAAGUAUGUUCAGGGAGACCGUGUUUCAAGCGGCUCCAUGACUCUUCAGUACGAGAGCGACGACGAAGGAAUUCUCUCUGGCUCUGUCCACUACGACGAGGGGGAAUCUGAGGCAGAGAGCAUGACUUUUAAUAUGGACAUGUCGAACCCCAUCUUCCAACUGUACGAGGCUGUGCGAGGCGGCCGGGACAGCCAGGGGCAACUCCUCUCUGAACCCUUUCUGCAGCUGCCCUCCAGAAAAGAAUACCCCGACUAUUACCAGCACAUCAGUCACCCCAUCUGCCUCCUGCACAUCAAGAACAAGAUGAAGAAUAACGAAUACGGAAGUGUUGAGAGUAUUGAUGCAGACCUGACGCGGCUGUUUGAAAAUACCAAACGCUACAAUGUCCACCAAUCUUCUAUCUACAAACGCGCUCUUAAACUGCAACAAAUUCAACUGAUGAAAAGAAAAGAGCUCUUGCAAAGAGAGGAGGAUGACGGGGACAGCAUGCUCUCCUCAGCUCCAUCUGACACCGGCAGCACCAAAAGAAAAUAUUGCAAAAAGAACUCAAAGAAAUACCGAAUGAAAGUUCUGCUAGCGUCUGUGACAGAGGCGAGGGAGGCCGGCACUGGUCGCAGACUCUGUGACUUGUUUAUGGUCAAACCGUCCAAGAAAGAUUAUCCCGACUAUUAUAAAGUGAUCCUGGAGCCAAUGGACCUCAGAACCAUCGAGAACAACAUCCGCUCAGAUAAAUACAUGACGGAGGACUCGAUGGUGGAGGACAUGAAGCUGAUGUUUCGCAAUGCAAGGCAUUAUAAUGAAGAGGGUUCUCAGGUCUACAAUGAUGCUGACAUCUUGGAGAAAAUAAUGAAGGACAAACGCAAAGACCUUGGACCUGCACCUGAUGAGGAUGACCUGUCUCCGAAGCUGAAAAUGAGAAAGAACAGCAUUGCUUUGAAAAAAUCCAAGUAUUUGACACCACUUCAGCAGAAACUGCACGAACUCUACGAGGCCGUGAAAAACUACACAGACAAACGAGGACGCCGCCUCAGCACCAUCUUCCUGCGGCUGCCGUCCCGCUCUGAGCUGCCCGACUAUUACAUCGCCAUAAAAAGACCCAUGGACAUGGAGAAGAUCAGAGGCCACAUGCUUGGCAACAAAUACCAGGAUGUGGACGCUCUGGUAGAAGACUUUGUGCUCAUGUUCAACAACGCAUGCACCUACAACGAGCCCGAGUCCCUGAUCUACCGGGAUGCCCUGGUGCUGCACAGGGUUUUACUGGAGACUAGGAGGGAGCUGGAGGGGGGAGAGGACAGCCACGUGCCUGAUGUGCCCAGGCUGAUCCAAGAGCUCCUCCGCAGCCUGUUUGUGUCCGUGUUGGGGCAUCAGGACGAUGAAGGACGCUGCUACAGUGAUUCACUUGCUGAGAUUCCCGCGGCCGAUCCUGCAAACCCGGACAAACCACAGCUGAAUUUUGAGAUUAUUCGCUCCAACGUGGACAAUGGGCGUUACAAGAGGCUUGAUGUGUUUCAAGAACACAUGUUUGAAGUGCUGGAGAAAGCCAGGAGACUCAACAGGACUGACUCUGAGAUCUUCGAGGAUGCUGUGGAGCUGCAGCAGUUUCUCAUUCGGAUCCGAGACGAGCUUUGCAAGAACGGAGAGAUCCUGAUGUCUCCGGCUUUGAGCUACACCUGCAAACAUCUGCACAGCGACGUGGAGAAAGAGAAGAAGGAGAAGCUUCCUAAAGAGUUUGAGGAGGACAAAGAGAAGAGGGAAGAGGAAAAACAGGAAGCUGAGAAAAGAGAAGACACGGUGGGAGGGGCAUGGUCUUCCAGCACACAGCGCACGUACAGCCAGGACUGCAGCUUCAAAGACAGUAAAUACCAUGUAGGAGAUUAUGUGUAUGUGGAGCCCGCAGAGCCCAACCUCCAGCCUCAUAUCAUCUACAUAGAACGCCUUUGGGAGGAUGACACUGGUGAAAAAUGGUUGUAUGGCUGCUGGUUUUACAGACCAAAUGAAACAUUUCACCUUGCCACAAGAAAGUUCUUAGAAAAAGAGGUUUUCAAGAGUGACUAUUAUAACAAGGCACCCGUCAGCAAAAUAUUAGGCAAAUGUGUUGUUAUGUUUGUGAAGGAGUAUUUCAAACUUCAGCCCGAUGGAUUUGAGCCUUGUGAUGUGUACGUUUGUGAAUCAAGGUAUUCUGCUAAGUCCAAGUCCUUCAAGAAGAUCAAACUGUGGGCCAUGCCUCUGAACUCUGCCCGACUGCUGCCUCGUGUGGUCCCUCUGCCUGUGGUGCGAGUGGCGUCCAUGUUUGCACCAAAACAAGAGGAAAAACCAGUUGAGAAUAUAGAGGCAGAGAGUGAAACCAAGACUGAACAUUAUACUGUAGAAAAGGAGAAAGAAGAUGUGCCAAUGGAAAUGAGUAAUGGUGAUCCUGGAUGUCAGUACUAUGAGCAACUCUGCUAUAACGACCUGUGGCACAAAGUGGGAGACUUUGUUUACAUAGGUUCUCAUGGGUUAGUGCGCCACCGAGUGGGCAGAAUUGAGAAAAUGUGGAUGCGCGACGGAGUGGGUUACUUUUUUGGCCCAAUUUUCAUCCAUCCCGAGGAAACUGUACAUGAACCUACUAAGAUGUUUUACAAAAGAGAAGUGUUUCUCAGCAACGUGGAGGAAACUUGUCCAAUGACUUGUAUUAUAGGGAAGUGCGUCGUGUUGUCUUUCAAAGAUUAUCUCUCAUGUCGGCAAACUGAAGUCGCCGAGGAGAAUGUGCUGCUGUGUGAGAGCCGUUAUAUUGAAAAUGAGAAACAAAUGAAGAAGUUUAAGGGACUCAAACGCUUUUCACUCUCCGGGAAAGUAAUAGAGGAUGAAAUCUACUAUUUUAGAAAGCUGAUCGUGCCUCAGAAAGAGCCAUCACCACUUCUUGACCGGAAGAUUCAGGAGCUGGAGGCUAAGUUUGCUGACAUGACGGACGAGGAGCUGGAAGACCUUGAUGAUCCAGAUUUAGAUCAUUCACAUCUGCAGUCUUCCCUGUCUAGUGACUUGGACUUGUUGAACUACACUCCGCCUCAGUCAACACCUAAAUCCCUAAAGGGUCUUUCAAAGAAAGAGGGGUCCAAACGAAAGAUUAACAUGAGUGGCUACAUCCUGUUCAGCAGUGAGAUGAGGGCUGUGAUCAAAGCCCAGCAUCCGGACUUUUCCUUUGGGGAUCUCAGUCGACUCGUUGGGACAGAAUGGAGAAACUUGGAGAGUUCCCGAAAAGCUGAGUAUGAAGAGAGGGCAGCAAAAGUGGCUGAGCAACAGGAGCGUGAGAGAUCAACUCAUCUGACUUCCCCAAGAGCAGGUACCCCGUUAGGGGCACUGAUGGGGGUGGUGCCUCCUCCAACCCCUAUGGGCAUGCUAAAUCCCAGCAUGACUUCUAUGUCAGGUGUGAUGAGAACUUGUAGGAGAGCUAUGAUGCCCCGGCAAGGCCAUGUUGGAGGCAUGGUUAGUUUGACUAGCUUACCAUCCCAUCACAUGGGGGUACCUGUAUUACCCCCACAUCUUCUGCCUCUUUUUCCUGGGCUUCGCCAAGUGCCACCUCUGGGCCUCAAUGGUAUUGGUGGUGGAAAUGGAGGAAAUGUUCAUGGAACCCAGAUGGGUUUGAUUGGGACAGGACAGCAAGCCCCAGCCUCAUUCUCAGGACAGACAGGACAGACAGCGCACCAACCCUCCACACCACUGUUUGUGUCUCCACCUGCGAAGUCUCAGCGGCUGCUUCACUCUGAAGCCUAUCUGCGGUACAUCGAGGGCCUGACUCCAGAAUCAUCCACUGUCAGCAAGUGGGACCAAACACUCACAGUAAAAAAAAAAGAUAUCCGACUGACAAAAGAACAAGAGAGCAAACUACCGUCCCAUUGGCUUAAGAGUAAAGGGGCUCACAAGACCAUGGCCGAUGCUCUCUGGCGGCUGCGAGACCUCAUGUUACGGGACACUCUGAAUAUUCGUCAGAUGCACAAUCUCUAG